AUGAAGGAUUCUGGAGCCAAUGCAAAGAAGUUCAAGGCUCACUCUCUGCAAUCAGCAGCAAGCACGAAUGCAGCAUCGCUGGGUGUUCCCAUAGAGCAAGUAAAGUUGCAUUCGAACUGGAGCUUGAUGAGAAACAUGAUUGAAAAAUACUGUUACAGACCAAGAAAUAAGCACGAACGUGGAUCGGAUAUUGUCAACACUGUUUGGAGAAGUUACCAAGAACCACAUCCGAGAUCGGAUGAACCUCCUCCUAUGAUAUAUGAAGGCAUAUACUCAGCCUGUCCCUGUCACCAAUUCCCCAAACCACAGACCAAUGCACAGUUAGAAAGACGCGAAGAAUAA